CUUAUAAAUGAAGGCAGCUUUAGAACACAGGCAAAGGAAAAAUGGUCAUGGAAGUAGAAAACACACUUCACAUGAAAGUCGGCGAUGGAGAAUCAAGCUACGCAAGUAACUCAUUUCUUCAGGAAAUUGCCGUACGGAAAACACUGCACGUUUUAAAGCAUACAAUCAAGGGAAUGGUUAAUUUUGAAAGGGCCUUCAGCAAAGUUUUCGUAUUAGCAGAUUUAGGAUGUGGCACCGGCACAAAUACACUAUUGCUUGCAUCUAUGUUUAGAGCAAACCUUAAGAAGGAGAAGGGAGAGAAUUUUGGGUCUUGUUUUGUUUCAGCUAUUCCAGGCUCCUUUUAUGGCAGGCUCUUUCCAGAUGAAAGCUUACACCUUGUUCACUCCUCUUAUUCUGUUCAUUGGCUUUCUCAGGUACCUGAAGGCAUUGAAAACAACAAAACAAAUAUAUACAUGGCAAAAACAAGUCCUCCCAAUGUGUUUGAAGCAUAUGGAAAGCAAUUUCAUACUGACUUUAUAAAGUUUUUAGAACUUCGUGCCAAAGAAGUAGUACGUGGUGGGUGCAUGGUUUUGACAUUUCUUGGUCGCAGCAGUGCUGAUCCAACCACUGAUGAUGGUUGCCGUCAUUUGAAGCUAUUAUCACAAUCACUUCUCGAUAUGGUCAAAGAGGGGCUGGUCGAAGAAUCAUAUAUUAACUCAUUCAAUGUCCCAUAUUAUACUCCAUGCGAGGAUGAAGUCAGGAAAGCUAUUCACAAAGAGGGAUCCUUUUUUCUUGAUACCUUUAAUGCUUUUCAAGGUAACUGGGAUCCAUAUGACACGGAUUACACAAAUAUGGUAGAUUUGAAUGAGCAGAUCAGCCACAUCCAUGGGAAAAACUGUGCUAAAGUUGUGAGAGCUGUUUCAGAACCGAUGUUGACAUCUCAUUUCGGGAAUUCAAUAAAUAUUGAUGUGCUAUUUCAAAAGUUUCAAAUGCGAGUGGCCGAAGAUCUAGCAAAGAAGAAAACCAGAUACUUUAAUAUAGUCAUUUCAUUGACUAGAAACUGAGCUAUGUAUGUUAAAUCAGUCG